AUGUCUAUACUUGAUUAUUUCGAUUAUUUCAAUUACGUUAAUAAUUGGACGCUCGCAGCGCUAGGAAUUGGAAUUGCGCUUCUGCUACCUGGAAUUAUGGGGUUUUUGGGGUUGGGGGGAAAUAAGUUUGUGGUUAAGGGGAAGACUGUCCUUCUGACGGGCGCUUCGGAGGGAAUGGGGAAGAGUGUUGCGAUUCAGUUGGCGCGGAAGGGGGCGAAUGUUAUUAAUGUGGCGAGGAAUGUGGGGAAAUUGGAGAUGGCUUUGCGGGAGAUUGAGGCCGCAGCUCUCUUCCCAUCUACCCAAUUCUUCCACUACAUCUCUGCCGACGUUUCUAUCCCAACUGAAGCUGCACGUAUACUCGAAGAAGCCAUAAAACUCAAUUCCUCUACGCCUCCUGACAUUGUCUGGUGUAUCGCCGGUACAUCUACACCUGGUUUCUUCCUCGAAACUACUCCCCAAAAACUACGCACACAAAUGGAUAUCAACUAUUGGUCUUGUGCAGACAUGGCACAUUGUGUUUUGAAAUCCUGGCUCUCUACACCAAACGUGGAAAAGAAAGAAAGACAUUUAAUUUUCACUAGUAGUGUUGUGGCUUUUUAUUCCAUCGUGGGUUACACAUCAUAUUCACCCGCUAAAGCAGCCAUCAAGAGUUUAAGCGAUACUUUAUAUCAAGAAGUCCUCAUGUAUCCCAAUCCUCCUCAAAUCCAUACAGUUUUCCCCGGCACAAUAGCAAGUCCAGGAUUAGAAAUUGAAAACCAAGGAAAACCGGAAGUUACACAUCUUUUGGAAGAGACAGAUCCAAUACAAACACCAGAUGAAGUCGCGAGUAAUGCGAUUAAGGGACUGGAAAGAGGAGAGUAUUUGAUUACAGUAGGUUGGUUGGGAAGUAUGAUGAGAGCUUGUGCUUGGGGUGGAAGUAAGAGGGGAAACUGGGUGUUGGAUACGUUGAUAACUUGGGGCACGAGUGUGAUUUGGGGAUUUGUAGGGAGUGAUUUGGAUGGGAAGGUUAGGAAGUGGGGGGAGACGAAGGGGUUCGCGAGGGGUUGA